AUCAUAUCGAUUCGUGCUAGCUGCUACACACGAGUACACGACACGACCCUUAGAACAGCGUACACCAUCAUCCACCGGGAUACGUGCGUCGACCACAAGCAGCAGCUAGCCAGCAGCAACGCCUACCGCGCGCGCGACCGCAAUGUCCAUGAUCAGAAGGCCGUCCACUGAGACGCUGGCAAUGGCGGACGUCGACUGGGCGCGGUACGACGACCGCGCCUUCCACGACGACGACCAGGACACGCCGCCGGAGCACCUGCGCGCCUUCGAGGCCUUCGUUGAGACGGUGGUGCCGCUGGACAUGGUGCUGGCGUUCGGGCGCGAGCAGAGCACGAGGGCCCGGCGCCCAGGCCACGGCCGGGAGGACGACGUCAAGGAGAAGCUCAAGCUCUGGGCCAAAGCCGUGGCCGCCAAGGCGAGACGACAAUACAUCACCAAACAGGACAACGACGACCAGAAUGCCUGAAUGCACAGUGUCUGCUAGGGCAUAUAUGCUUGUUUUAAAACAAGCAUUCUAAGCAUUUUCUAACUGUUUUGAUCAAAUCCAGCUCUUUGUUUUUUACUAGAUAGAUCGAUGGCAGUCUCUCGGUCCUUCCAGCAGCUAACCGGAUCUUUAAUGUAUUUUCAAGUUUGCUCGUAGAUCUCUUGCUUAAUUAGGGUUAAUUUCCAUCUAAAGAGAGGCAUAUUGGUUGUAAUUUUAUUAUAAUAAUAAUAUCAGUUUACGGCAAUUUUCUGCA